AUGGAGAUUGAAAUGGAUAUUCCUUCACAUUGUCGACAAAAUGAAUUUCAAAUUCGUAGUCAAGAAGAUUUACAAGAUUUAUCAAAUUGUGAAAUUUUAAUUGGUAAUUUAAUUAUUCAAGAUUUUGAUUAUCCUAUAAUUACAUUUAAUAAUUUGGAAAAAAUUUUAGGUAAUUUAACUAUUAAAAAAUCACCUGAAAUUGUUCGUAUAGAAGCUCCUUUAAUGGAAUUAAUUAGUGGAUCAUUUUCAAUGUUUGAAUUGACUUCAUUAGCUUUAAUUUCAUUUCCUGCUUUGAAAUGGGUUAAUAUAUUGGAUUGGAAAAUUUUACCAAUUUUAAGUAAUGUUCAUUUUAAUAAUGAAAUUCAAGGUAUUGAAAGUAUAACUAUAUCUGAUACUUCAUUGACUGGAUUUUCUGGAUUUUUAGCUGAUACAAUUGAUAAUUUAGAUAUUAAUAAUAAUCGAUUUUUAGAUACUAUUGAAAGUAAUGUUGAAGUAAUACGUGGGAAAUUACAUAUUGGUGCUAAUGCAAAUGAUGCAAAAGUUUCAUUACCUAAAUUGAAACAAAUUAAUCGUGUUAGUAUAAGUAAUGUUGAACGAUUGAAUUUAGAUGAAUUGGAAUCUGUUGAUGAUUCUUUAAGUUUAACUAAUAAUUAUUUUCAACAAAUUAAAUUUCCAAAAUUAAGUUAUGUUGGUGGUAGUUUAAGCUUAUCAGGUAAUGAAAUGGUUAAUGAUUUGGAAUUUCCAAAUUUAAGUGAAUUGGGAGGUGGAUUAGUUUUAACUAAUAAUAGUCUUGUUGAACGAGUUAAUUUCUUGCCAAAAUUGAGAAUUAUUGGUGGUGCUUUAGAAUUGGUUGGUGCUAUUAAAGAAAUUUCUUUGAAAAAUUUGAAACUUUGUAAAGGAAGUGCAAGUGUUAAAUCAACUUCUCCAGUUUUUGAUUGUGCUAAAUGGUCAAGAAGUGAGAUUAUAUUGGUUGUAAGAGGUGGGAAAAUUGAAUGUACUGAUGCAAAUAAUGAAAAGAUUACUUCAAGAACUAAAGAUGAUGGUGGUGAAUUGAUUACAAAUUCAACUCUUGAUGUUGAAUAUCAUGAAAAUAAAUCCAAUUUUGCAGUAUUGACUACUGAAUUGUCUUUUAUCAAGUUUUUUACUAUUUUAAUGUUCAGUUUUGCAAUCAUCUGA